AUUUCCGUUUCCUGUUAAACAAUUUUAUCUGAUGCGAGAAAAUCUUCUGUGGGGAAAGCAAGUUUUUUCGAACUGUUCGAAUAUAAUAAACUGAACAAGCCUGGUGUGAUAAAAACUACUUUUGCAUUUUAUAAUAACCAAUGAUAGAAUUGAUCAGAAUAGACCUGUCGUAUGGCAAGUUUUAAUUCUAAUUAUGCACAUACAAGACAAACUUCUGUUACAUCGCUACCAACUGAUUCUGCAGGUUUAAAUUUAUGGAAUCUUUUACAAUAUAUUUACUAAAUAUUAUUUUAGCAGAUGCAAAUACAGUGUCUAUGCCUACCUAUAAUGUGACAGUGUCUCCAAAUCUUCAAAUGGGCUAUAGACCUAUACUAGGAUCAACAGUAAAUGACCCUUUGCUGCUUAUGAGCUAUCCACAAGUAUAAUAAAAAAUUCUCAAAUAAUUGAAAGAAAUAUUUUUUUAAAGUUUAGCAAUGUUCCCGUCAACAACCAAACAGUCAUGACCCAUUUCAACUCGGAAAAUUACAAAAAAGGCAUCAUAACACUUUCAACCUGUGUGUUAUAUCCAAAUAAAUGUUUGUCUUACUUUAUCUUUUUCCCUCCUAAAAGUAUGUAAUUACAUCUGUAGACACAUUUCCUCAAGUUUUGAGAGCUAGGCCACCGGGAUGCAAAACCAUUUAUGUUGGAGGCUUACCAGAAAACACAACAGAGACCCACUUACGAGAGGUGUUUGAACGAUUUGGCGAUAUAUUAAAUAUUCGAAUGGGAAAGAAGCAUUUCUGCCACGUUAGAUUUUUCUCUGAAGAAAGUGUUGACCAUGCCAUGUGUAUAACAGGCUAUAGAAUCAAAUUAGAUAAUAAAGAUGAUAAAGAAUAUACUGGACGAUUGCACAUAGAUUAUGCUCAAGCAAAAGAUGACAUGUACGAAUGGGAAUGUAAGCAACGAGCAAUGGCAAGAGAACAGCGUCAUCGAAACAAACUUGAAGAAGAGAAGCUGCGAGGAUCCUCUCCACCUCCCAUAAAUAGAUAUUCUGACCAUGAAGCCGUACUACUAUUAGAAAAAUUGAAAUGUGAUGAAACUUUUAUGGAAGGUGUUCAAGUAGUCGUCGCUUGGUUAGAGAGAAGUGAAUGUACUCGUAAAACUGCAAACCAAUUUUACGGCUUUGUUCAAACUAUACACGCACAUGUGCGAAGGCUAAUAAAUGAGAAAACUACUUAUGAUGAAGAAUUAGAGAAUGUGAAAUUUAGAUUUCGUCAACGUUUAGAAAACAUUUUAAAACAGUUUGAACAAAUUGAUCGUGUAUUUAUGGCUGCCACUCAACAAAAAGCCUGGGACCAUUUCUCCAAAGCUCAAAGAAAAAAUAUUGAUGUUUGGCGAAAACAAGCACAAGAUACCAAAGAGCAACAAGAAAAAGAAUUCUUAAGUAACCGAGAAGAAUUAGAAAUGGAAAUGUCUGAUAGUGAAGACGAACCUUGUAUAAAAAAGAAGAAAACAGAUGAAACUCAAGCCUUAGACUGCAAACAAGAAUUAGAAUCUGAAAUAAGAAAUUUAAAAGAGGAGAAUAACUGUCUUAAGUGUCGAGUUGAGGCUUGCAAGAAUGAAGUCUAUUUGCUCAGACAAGAAGCUAAGAAGCAAAAUUCAGGGAAAAAGAUCGAGCAACUGGAGCACCCUCUUCAGGGAAUGCAAAAAGAAUUUCUUGAUGCCAAAGACGAUGGAAGGAAGUGUUAUCUUGACGAGAAGAAUGUCGUUUCAUCUUCCCAAAAUGAAAUUGGCUUGAAUGAAACGGAAGCAAAAUUACUUUGUUAUAUUUCAACCUUUCUGCAUGUUCACCCUUUCGGAGCCAGUUUAGACUAUAUUUGGUCGUACUUGCAGAAAUUUGAUUUAGCGUUUAGAACAAGUGAACUCGAAAAACUAUUGGAACGUUUCCCUAAUAUAUUUAAUUCGCAAAUGCAUGGAAUAGGAGCAAAUAUUGAAAAACGAUGGCGUUAUGUUGCUUUAGAUCGAAAUUUAAAUACUUAA